AUGCUCUAAAAUAUAGCUCAAAAAAGAGAACAAUUUAUUGUUGGACUUAAAAGGAAAGCUAGAGAGGAAACAUUCAGAAAAAAUAGAUUUUAAAAGUCAAAUAAUUUCAUCCCAUUUGCUUCCAAUAAUAUUGUUUUUCAAUAAUAAUAUUAAGAAGCAUUUGAAAGAGGCAAUCAAUAGGUAUUGUUAUAAAUAAAUUGAGACAAUUAACUUUAUGAAUGAAGAUGUAUUAUUUGAUGAAACUAUAUCAGACUGCAUUUUCAAAAUUUAAUAACUUAGCAAUUAUUAUAAUGAAUAUGAUUGUGAACCAAACUAUGACACCUUCAAGGAUGUAGAAAGAAUAUUUAAGAUUUUUAAUAUUGGUUAUCCUUAAAUAGAUGUAAAUAUUACUCAUUUUUUAGAAAUCUUGUUUACACAUUUUAUUAGCUAUUUCAGCAGGAAAUCAUUAAUAAGUUCAACCUAUUCAUGAACAUAUACAAAUACUUGCAGAUUAUUAUAAUUCAACAUAUUAUACAGAAUUAUAAUAGUAUAUUUUAGAUAUAUUUGCAAAUUUAGCAUGCGAUUGUUAUCAAUGUAGAGAUCUGAUUUUACUUCUCUAAAUACCUAAAUAUUUAUGGUAAAUUAUAUCUUGAAUUUAAGGCAUCAUACUUUCUAAUGUAAACAGAAAUGCCUUUUUGAAGAUUUUUAUUCUAUGAUCAUUAAUUUAGAUAGAAUGAAACCAGAAAUUAAUAUAUAAAAAUUAACAGGCUUGCAUACUAUAUUUUAAGAUCUUUAUAAAUAACUUUAUGAUGCUAAAGAAAAGCAAUGGAUUUUAAAGUUAAUGAAUAGGAUUUACUCUUAUGAUAAAUCUAAAUUGGAUUUAAGUUUUUUAAAUUAUCUUUUGAAAGAUGAAUUUGAUAAUAUUUAAUUAUCUGGAGAAAUAUUUAAAUAUUUUCAAUAUGUAUCUUUAUUGGGUAAUCUUUAUAUCAUUAUUAUAGAUAAUGAAAUUACUUUAAAUUUUCAAACAUAAAUGGCACAGACUAUAAUUAAAACAAUUAAUAAAUUUAUGGAAUUAGAAAAUAUUCCAGGAAGUUAAUUAAAAUAUUUAGUGAAAAAAGGAUUUAUUAUAUUAAGCAAUUUUAUAACCGAUGAUCCACAAAUUUUAAAUGAAUUUUGGGAGGAAAUCCUACCAAUUAUUCAAAAUAUCCCUUAAAUAUUAUUAGAGAUUGAUGAUUUCUUUUUAUUUCUUCAUUAAGUCAUCAAAUUUUCAAAGGAUGAAGAUAUAUUAAAAUUAAACAGAGAUUAUAAAUUAAUUAAAUAAAUAUCUCAGGAAUUGAAUGAUUAUAGCCAAGAAAAAGGUAGCCAAUUUUUAUAUAGUAUAUUAUCUAUUUUACACAGACUUAUAGGAAUAGAUUAGGUUAAUAUGAAAAUAUUUAAUGAUGAAGAUUGUGAAUCAACAAUUUUGUUUAUAUAAUAAAUGAAAAUAUCGGAUGAAAAUUAUGAUUUAAUAAACAUAAUUUUAGAUAAACUUGAUUCAUGA